CACAGAGAGAAAGAGAGAGAGAGAGAGAGAGAGUCCUGCAAUUUGACCGCUCUGCUACUAAAACAUUAGUAAAUAUAGUAGUAGUAGUGUGUUUUUCUCUAGAGAAAGAAAGUGAGCGAAAACAAGUAAGACAGUGAUGGUGAAGCGGAGGAGGAGCGAAGCGCAUCUGAGCAAGGAUUCGAAGGUGGAAGUUUGUAGCAACCAAGAGGGUUACAGAGGUGCAUGGUUCCCAGCCAAAAUACUUGACCCACAACCCUCAGAUCCCUCAACCAAGAAGAAAAUAAAGAAGGCUCUGGUGCAGUACGAGACUCUGGCCUCGGACGAUGACCCAAACAAGCCACAUACUGAGCUCGUUCACGCGCGCUCCAUCCGCCCAGUGCCUCCUCCUACUGACAAUCCAGACCAGCCCUUUGAGCCUGCCGACGUCGUAGACGCCUCUUACAUUGAUGUUUGGUGGGUUGGGGUUGUAAUGAGGUGUGAGGAUGACAAGUAUACGGUGGGUUUCUUAAACCCACCUGAUCUGCUUCAGUUAAAGCGCUCUGAGCUGCGCCCUCAUUGGGAUUUUCUCGACGGCAAAUGGGUUCGACCCCGGAAGAAGAGGAUGGUGGGAUCAGUUUUCAGCCCUGGGACAGCAGUGGAAGUGAAUCUCAGCAAAGAACAUAUAUUCGGUGCUUGGCUCCCAGCAAUUUAUCUUGGCGAACUAGGGAACAGCUCUUUCUUGGUUCAAUAUAAGAGCUCAAACAACUCUGAUGUUAAAGUGAUUGUACGUGGCAAACAGAUUCGGCCUUGCAUUGAUAAAUCACCUUAUGGAAAGACGAAAAAGAAACAAAAAAUUAAUCAGAAACCUAACGAUGAUGCAACAAUUGUAGGUUUUUCCAAGAAGUUGAUGGCAUCUGAAGACUGCCAUUUGAAUAAGGCUGAGCAACAGCAGGUUGGAGAACUGGACAAUCAAGCAAUAAUUUCUCAUAAACGAAAAGUCAAGAAGGGCAGUGAAGUUGAAAAGGCUGAUGAAGAAGAUGUUGAAGAUGUGAAUGGACUGGACAACAUUGAAUCUUCUGGUAUAAUGUCAGAUUCUGAACGAAAAGGGGGAUCUCAUGCUGGAACAUCAUGUCUGCUCCCCAUGGAGGUAUAUCUGAAGCUUGAGGUUGAACAGAAUGAAGAUGGACUGAGCAGUGAAAUAAAAGGGAAGGGAAAACUGCCUGAAUUUCAUGUUGAACGCUCAAAAGAUCCAGCAACAGCUGUGUAUAAUGUGUCAAAGCUACACAAUAAUGGCGCUGGAUCAUUUGCUGCAGAUUGUACGAAUGAUAUAUUUGAAUUGCCUGUAGUAACCAGGUUUGAUUUGACAGGUUAUGAAGAUGCAAUGGUCGAAGCAGAAGUUGAAGUUUCUGCAAUGGAUAUUGAGACAAUAAUAGAGGGCUCCAGUAACCCUGCUGGCAUUUCCAACAAACAAAAUGAGGUCGGAGGAAGACAGGUGGAAACUGGUGUAACUGGUUCUGAAGAAAUGAUGAGAGAGACAGAAACUGUGGAUUCUGCAAUGGAUUACUUGACAAAAGACGUUCAGGUGGCUGUGACUGGAAUAUCUGCAAUGGCAUCUGCCCAUGAUCAACCUUUAUCACUGUGCAUAGAUGAAAUGCAUUCUAUAAAAGCCAUAGAGUGCUCAAGUAACCCUGCUGGGACUGCCAAGCAACAAAAUGAGGAUGGAGGAACACAAGUUGGGCAACUACAUUUGCCUUUUGUGAGAAGUUCUCCAUUAUGGGAAAAUAUUGAAUCCAUGGAUGUAUUCAAAAGAUUUCCGCAAAUGCCACAUUUUCAUCCACUAUUGAAGUGUAAAGAGGUCUGUCGUGAAGGAUCAGCCCUUGGAAAGAUGGUAAACUUUGCCUUUUUGGUGGAGAAGACUUCCAAGUUGCAAGUUGGUGAUCCUAGAGAAUUAUUUGAUAGCAUUUUGGGGGCACUGGCUGACUUGGAAAUGUUGGGCUUUGAUGUCACAGCAGUACGGCAUCGUCUGAAGGAAUUGCUUGAAAUGAAAGUUAAGUUGGGGCAGCUUCAGAACCGAUCACAAGAAGUUGACAUUCAGAUCACAGCGUGUGCUCAUGACAGAACCAGAAACAAUGAAACAAUCAGUCGGAUUGAUAAGGAUAUUAAGGACUGGCAGGAAAAACGGGUGACGUUGAUGUCAAUUGAUGUGGCCAAAGGUUCUGAAAUUAGCAAGCUGGAAUCAGAAGCAAAUGCUAUAACUAAAGGCAUUCAAAGCAUCCAUCGUGAUUUCGAGAAAUUAGCUGCUGCAGCAUGGUGAUUUUUAUGAUUCUGAUGGAUGACUUUUUAGAUUACCGCUGUUUUUGCUAACCUUUGCAGCAUCAUGAUGGAUGAUCAUUCAAAUUAUCCUUUUGAAUGUAGUAAUGGAAGUUAUACCAAACUAUUCUGUAGUGCUUUUUUGUUAUAACAGCCAUUAGCCCUCGAUGCUGGUAACAAUUAUCUGUACUAUAAAACUUACCUGAAGCUACUCUGAUCAGCAAUCCACCUCUGUAUCCCAGACCACUUAAUGCUGC